AUGCAUAUUCGUGAAUCUUCUUGGGCUUUUGUCUUUGGCCUUCUAGGCAACAUCAUUUCCUUUGCAGUGUUCCUUUCACCAUUACCAACUUUUUACAUAAUCUUCAAGAAGAAAUCUGCUGAAGGAUUUCAAUCACUGCCAUAUAUUGUUUCACUUUUCAGUGCUAUGCUUUGGAUUUACUAUGCAUUUGUCAAAAGAGAAUCUGUUCUUCUUCUCAUCACCAUUAACAGUUUUGGAAUUGUUAUUGAAUCAGUUUACCUUGUAGCUUUCCUUAUAUAUGCCCCAAAGAAAUCUAGGAUUUCUACCAUAAAAAUGUUUCUCUUGCUGGAUGUGUUUGGAUUUGGAGCCAUGCUUCUAUCAACUCAUUAUCUCUCAAAGGGUGCAAAACGUCUUACUAUCAUUGGAUGGAUUUCUCUUGUUUUUAACAUAAGUGUUUUUGCCGCACCUCUCCUCGUCGUUAAAAAUGUGAUAAGGACUAAGAGCGUCGAAUAUAUGCCAUUUUUCUUGUCUUUAACUUUAACGGUGAAUGCUGUUAUGUGGUUCUUUUAUGGCCUUUUCCUCAAGGAUUACUAUGUUGCUCUACCAAAUACACUUGGAUUUGUGUUUGGCAUAAUUCAGAUGGUGGUAUAUUUGAUAUAUAGAAAUGCAACACCAGUGAAGGCUAAAGAAUUGGAUAUGAUGAUUGGAUACGAACAAAAUGAUGCAGGUGGAGGUGCCGUUAGCAAAGUCUGA